GAUCCCAGCCCCAGAGCGGGGGAGGGCGCCUCCCUAUCCCCUCCUCCCCGUCCCCGCCUCGGCUCGGGGUUUUACUGCAGCAGCCGGAGGUGACAGCGACGCCUCAGCCGCCUCUGUUGCUCUCGGAGCCCCGGCUUCCCCUGCACCGGGAAAGCGCCCCCUCUCGAGAGGCUGGUCCCUGGAGAAGUGCGAACGAGCUGCAGAAAACCAGAUUUUAAAAUGUAGAAGUCGUUGGGCUGCAUUCCUCCGAGGACCAGUCUGAUCGCCCAGGACUAAGAGUGGCAGCGUAUGAGAAGUUGGGACCAUAGAGCAAAGGGGGGAGGGGAGUGUUGCAGCAGGCAUUCUCUUCUGGAAGGAGUCGCUGGGAGCAGUGCGGUUGGACACAAGUUUGCGUAGGAGUGUUUUCCUUUUGUCAAUAAUUAAUCACCGGAAUUAGCCAGGUAGAAUUUGAGUUUUAGCAAGAGUCCCGAGGGCGGGGCCGAACACCUAACUCCGGGAGGCUCCCAGGCGCCCGGCGCAGUGGGAAGCUCGCAGCAGCUGGGGAGGAGCCAAAGCCUCGGCGCUCACCUAAGCCGCAGGGAGAUACACCCAACUGGGAGAUGAGGAAACAGCAACCCAGAGAGGAGAACUAACCCACACAGGAUCAUUUCGUGAAGGAGCAAGGCUGAAGACCCAGACCUGGACUUUCUUAGGGGGAGGGCUACUGAUCACGUUUUCUGCAAUAUUUCCAAGGACAAACUUACUGCAGCUUGAAGGAGCCAACCAUGGAUUUGAGGCGUGUGAAGGAAUAUUUCUCCUGGCUCUACUAUCAAUACCAAAUCAUUAGCUGCUGUGCUGUUUUAGAGCCCUGGGAGCGAUCUAUGUUUAACACCAUCUUACUAACCAUUAUUGCUAUGGUGGUAUACACUGCCUAUGUCUUUAUUCCAAUCCACAUUCGCCUGGCUUGGGAAUUUUUCUCAAAAAUAUGUGGAUAUCACAGUACAAUUUCUAAUUGAUCCUGUUCACAUUCAGUGAAAUGGCAUUGCAUAUUUAUAUGUUGCUUACAACUUAUUGAUUUAGGUAACUAUUGUGUCUUCCUUCACUAUCUGACCUGAAAAGCACUCUCUUCUCUAUGCACUCUUAUAUUCUGCCUUUCUGCCUGGAGUUUGAAAUACAUGUCUCUUCAGUUUCUUUCGCACAUGCUACAUUGUGCUUUAGACCGGAGAUAAUACAGUGACUUUACCUCACAAAUCAUAUUCUGUCAACACAAAUCUAUGAAUUUAGUUUAUUUAAAAUCAGAACAAUUUCCUACAAAAUUUUUCUGGAAAAUAGACUCCUAACAGACCUACCAGAAUCAUGCUUAAAGUGCUCGCUUGACACUUAUUCUAUACUGAAGGAUAAAUUUUAAAAAAUCUUUAUAGGCUACUGUCAGAAGUAUCCUAUCCUUGUUUACGAUGUAUAAAAAGAUGUGAAUAAAUUAUAUGGACCCCCUAAGUCUUAUUUUCUAGUAAACUGAUGAUACUGGAAAUUCUUUUACUUCAAAUGCAAAAGAAUAAGCUGGAGGCAAUUAUUUCCUUUCAUACAGAGUUCAUGAAUUGUUUUAAAUGCUUCUUAAAGUCUGGCUUUAUAACCGUUUAAAAUCAACAAUGUUGAUUUUAGAUAACCAAGUAAGUAUUAUAAUACAAAAUAAUUUUAAGUGUAAGAAACUAAAGUAUAAUAAAAGUAAAUUCAGAUAUUGUA